AUGCACUACCAAAAGCCAGGAAUGACACCUACUGUCGUCGCUGGAAUUCGAGACAGUAUAGAACUUUGGCGUCCAAUUUACGACCAGAAGAAAGAUGUUAAGCCUGAGCAGAAGAAAGAUAUUACGCUGCGCUAUGGAGGUGGAUGGGCAAUGAUUGGAUGGAUUAAGAUGGGUCUGUGGCCGUUCGCUACCACAGAGAAGAAUGUCCUUCCAGAGUGGUAG